UGCAUGGAGCUCCACCAUAGCAACAUGGAUCCUGGCAUUGUUUAAUAUCAUCAAGCAAUCUUGGUCUGCGUCUAGGGGGAAAAAAAAUCUGCAGAAAUAAAAAUCAUACUAUUUUAGAGGAGGUUGCAGGUUUAAACGGGGACGAAAUGACCACCGACAUCUGCAGGUCCAGUAAGUUGAAUACAUUGGUGACUAAACUUCAUGAGUUCUUGGGUCAUUCUCCAGACCACGAAAGCGUUGAUUCUCAAGACAUUUCCAAUGGUAAUAUGGCCGAUCGUGACUCAAACAUCCCUGACGAGAGAAUGAAUGAGCCUGGUUGCUCCUCAGAAAUGACCAAACCCUCAUCUUCACGCUCAAAGAGAAAACCUUCAUUUGUGACCAAGCACACUGCUGUAGAGGAGUCUGAAUGUGCGAAUGAGAGUGCAGGUGAACACGGCACAGAUGAGAGCAUGCAGAGCAGUCUGGAUAUCAGCAAGCUGCCGCAAGGCACAGUGGUGGUCAAGCCGGAACCGGUUGCUAACGAAGCUAAAGAUGAAUUCCGCGGCCCCGAGUUUCGUAGCAGAGGAAGUAAAGUGAAAGAGGACGGUGCUCGGAAACGUCCCGACGAGCGGCUCAAGGAGAUUUUUAAUUGCACAGCAUGUGGACAGCAAGUCAAUCACUUUCAGAGAGAUUCUGUGCUUCAACAUCCCGCACUACAUGUUCUUAUCUGCAAGUCAUGUUUCAAAUAUUAUAUGAGUGACGAUAUCAGCAAGGAUGAAGAUGGAAUGGAUGAGCAAUGCAGGUGGUGUGCAGAGGGGGGUAAUCUGAUGUGCUGUGACUACUGCAGCAAUGCCUUCUGCAAAAAGUGCGUUUUGAGGAACCUUGGACGAAAAGAGCUGUCUGAAAUCAUGAAUGAAGAAAGCAAAUGGCACUGCUAUGUGUGCCGUCCAGAGCCGCUGCAGGACUUUGUUAAAACCUGUGAGAAAGUUUUGCUCAAUCUGGAAUCGUCUUAUAGAAAGCCCAAGGGAGACGGUGACAAGACGAAGCGCGAAGAUCGUAAACACAAGCAUGGCAAACGAGAAAAAACUGCUGUAAAUGGACAGGAUUACGCCUCCGAUGGAGCGGGAUCGUUAUCCUUUUCCUGUAAGACGUUGACGGUUCCGAAAGAGCUCGUCAAGAAGACCAAAAAACUCAUCGAGACCACAAACGGUUUGAAUCGUACUUUUGUACAAUUCCUCCAGCACACGUCAAAAGGCCGUGAAGUUGGCGCCGUAAGUAAUAGACACUUAAAGGCCUUCAAAUCGGUUUUGGCCGAUCUGAAAAAGGCCCACGUGGCUCUGGAGGAAUCACUCGAAAAAGAAUUUGAAUCGAAAGGCCUCAAGUUUCAAAACGGAGAGGAGCAAAGACCGGCACACAGUCAAACAGAUCAUACCGUUGUUAACUCUGACCCUGCUCCUGUCAGAGAAGAUGGUUUGGAUUGCACCGCCAAGGACCAAGAUGAAAACCAACAGGAAAGUAACUCAGCUGAUGUUGAAAUGAAGGAGAGCCUUCCACCCUCUCCAGAAGAACCUCAGGAUCGGUCUGAAGAAAGUGAAGCUCAAGAAAUGGCAGAUAACCCUGACUUUGAGGAAAACCCAGUACCAUCUGGGGAAGCGUCUCUUGAUAAAGACAUCGUGUCUAUUCCACCGUCUGUCCCAGAGGAGCUCUUUGAGAUGGUCGAGAGUCUUGCGGUAAAGAAAGAAGACCGUGACGAUAGCAACUCGACUGGUUCCAGUGAUUGGAAAUCAACGUCCAAUGCUGGGGUUGUGGAAUCCAAUAAGAGCCUUACAAAACUGGGUAGAAAACUUGUUGUCAAACUAACACCUGUUCCUCUUAAAAUCACCAUAAAACGAGAUAAGAGCCAAGAACAGUCGCCUUCAGAAGACUUGCCAAAGGAAGCUCAAGAUAGCAGACGCUCCCCCAGGAUGAAGACCACACCGCUGCGCAAGUCACCAGAGGCGAAGAACAAACGCAAACCGAGGUCGUCAAGGGCUAAAGAAGAGCGCAGCGACGCAGUCAAGGAGCAGUGCGAUUCAGACUCAGAUGAAGUCCCUGAGGUCCUACAGACGGCUGCCUUAAAGGCCAGCUCUGAUGAGAGCGAACCCGAGAAUGCUUCUGGAAAAGGUACCAAGAAGAAGAAGGUAGCUUCCCGCUCUGCUGAGAAAGCAAAAGCGAAGCCAAAGCGUAAACUCGAUAUGGGCUCCUCGGAUUCAGAACAGAGUGGCAAGUCAUCAACAGCAAACAAAAGGAGGGCCAAAAAAAAGAAGGGCAGAGAAUCUGACUCCUCGAACCACAACUCUGAUCUUGAGAAACAGAUGAAAAGCCUGUCCAAGAUCGGCAGUGGGAAAAAAACAUCCAAAGGUGUCAAAAAGGAAGAGAGUGAAUCCAGUAAAGAGGGCAAGAAAGGCCCUAAAAGGUCAUUUGAGAGGAAACGGCGGUCACAGAAAGAAAAGGCUAAAACCAAGGAGGAGUUUUCCUCCAGUGAUGAAGAGCAGGAGGAGGAGGAGCAGGCCGCUAACUCGGACGAAGACAGCGAUCAGCAGAAGAUUAAACCAAUUCUUGAGUCCGUGAUGGCUAGUAUUGAUGGUUUCCAUCAGUCAUCAGGUGAUGAAAUUGAAUUGAAGGCUGAAUCCUCCCAGGUGGUGGAUGAUGACGAUGAUCCAGAGAAUAGAAUUGCCAAAAGGAUGCUUCUGGCGCAAAUCAAAGCCAAUUAUUCAUCUGGAGCUGACAGUUCAUCUGAUGAUGAAAACGCAGACAAAGAGGACGGGGAUUCACCAAAGAAAGGAAAAGAUGGUGCUAAGAAGCAAGACGAAAGUGAGGAAGAGGAUGAAACUUCGGACUCGGGCUCAGAUGUUGACGUGAAGAAAGGUGGACGCAGACACCGUUUGUUGAGUAAGAAGUUGACUCUAAGCGAAGGAGACUCUGAUGACGAGACCCCAGUCAAAAACAAGAAAGAAACCAAAAAGAGAGGCAAGCGGAAAGUGGACAGCGACGACUCUGCAGACUCGGACUUUGAGCAGUCGCGCUCGGGCUCCAGCGAUGCAUCAGCGCUCAGUGAGACUGUGAGUGAAGACGCCGAUGAAGACAAGAGCAAUAAGCGCAAAACACGAAACACUGUGCUCAACUGGCUCAAUGAGUUUGAGAAGUGGCAAGAAGGCCUGAAGGACGAGGAGAGUUUAGAGGUGACAGAGCUGGCCACAGUCAAGAGGCCUCAGGAGAGAGCGUACGCUUUACAGCGCUGGCAGGAGGAUGGCGGCGUCAUGAUCAUAGGCUACGAGAUGUACCGCAACCUCACGCAAGGACGAAACAUCAAGAGCAAGAAGCUGAAGGAAACCUUUCAGAAAACUCUGGUUGAUCCAGGUCCGGAUUUUGUCAUCUGUGACGAGGGUCACGUGCUGAAGAACGAAGCGUCUGCUGUCUCCAAAGCCAUGAACUCCAUCACGACUCGUCGGCGAGUGGUGCUGACAGGAACCCCACUGCAGAACAACCUGAUAGAGUAUCACUGUAUGGUGAACUUCAUCAAGGAGAACCUGCUGGGGUCAGUGAAAGAGUUCAGAAACCGCUUCAUCAACCCCAUCCAGAACGGCCAGUGCGCCGACUCCACGCUGACUGAUGUCCGAGUCAUGAAGAAGCGCGCGCACAUCCUCUACGAGAUGCUGGCAGGAUGCGUCCAAAGAAGAGACUACACUGCCCUUACAAAAUUCCUACCGCCAAAACACGAGUAUGUGUUAGCGAUACGGUUAACACCCAUUCAGUGCAAGCUUUACCGAUACUACCUGGAUCACUUCACAGUUAAGUGGUUUAGCGGUGUUAUAGCUCAGGCCGCGAUUGUUCUGAAGCAGCUCCGCAGCUGGGAGAGAAAGAAUGGCAGCUGGCACCAGGCCGCGGGGCGAUCUGAACCAAUUCCCACGUCCUUAUCUAAUGAAGAAUUGGCAUUGCAUAUCUUCCACUGUGUUUUCAUUAUCAAAGUGAUUCCAGUCAUUAAUACACGCCAUAGCUUCAGUCCUCUACUCUGGGGAUACUUCGACGAGGACAGUAUGGAGGAGUUCAUAGCCUCAGAGACAGAGGAGUCCUCCAUGAGUUUGACCUCUGAAGAUGAGAAGCCCAAAAGAAAGAAGAAGCGAGGCAAAGGGAAAGAGCAGAGCUCAGACAAGUCCGACAGCGAUGACCUGGAAGUGAUUAAGGAGUGGAACACCAGCUCUCGUGGAGGAAACCCUGAGGGGCGCAACAGAGCAGAGCCUGUGGAAGAGGUUCGGCCGUCGAACUCAGGUCCUGGCAGCCCAUCACCUGACUGGUACAAAGAGUUUGUGACCGAGCCAGAUUCUGAGGUGCUGGAGCAUUCUGGGAAAAUGGUGCUUCUUUUUGAGAUCCUCCGCAUGGCUGAAGAAUUGGAAGAAAAAGUGUUGGUGUUCAGCCAGUCUCUCAUUUCUCUGGACCUCAUUGAAGAUUUCCUGGAGUUGGCAGGCAAAGCCAAAGAGGAAGGCAAGCUUUCGCCGUACAAAGGUGAGGGCAAGUGGUUCAGAAACAUUGACUACUAUCGUCUAGAUGGUUCAACGAAUGCCGUGACCAGGAAGAAAUGGGCAGAGGACUUCAAUGACACCAGUAAUGUUCGGGGGCGAUUGUUCCUCAUCUCAACCAGAGCUGGUUCUCUUGGGAUCAACUUGGUAGCUGCAAACAGGGUCAUAAUUUUCGACGCCUCAUGGAACCCAUCCUACGACAUUCAGAGUAUUUUCAGAGUCUAUCGCUUUGGCCAAGUGAAGACCGUGUUUGUCUACAGGUUUUUGGCUCAGGGAACCAUGGAGGAGAAGAUCUAUGACCGACAGAUCGCCAAACAGUCGCUGUCCUUCAGAGUUGUGGACCAGCAGCAGAUUGAGCGUCAUUUUACCAUGAACGAACUGACGGAGCUGUACGCAUUUGAGCCCGACCAGCUGGACGAUCCUUCGGAGAAGAAGAGCAAGCGGGCCACACCCAUGCUGCCCAAGGAUCCUUUCCUGGCAGAACUCCUUCACAGUUACAAAGAUCACAUCGUCGGCUACCACGAGCAUGACUCUUUGCUGGACCACAAGGAGGAAGAGGCACUGAGUGAGGAAGAUCGCAAGGCGGCCUGGGCCGAAUACGAGGCCGAAAAGAAGGGGCUGUCCAUGCGUUUCAACCAGCCGUCCUAUUCUCAGAUGGGCAUGGGAGCAGGACCAAACUCUUACUUCCCCUUCAACGUGGCUGCUUUGGCCUCCAUGAGUAACCAACAGUUGGAGGAUUUGAUUAACCAGGGCAGGCUGAAAGUGUUGGAAGCCACUAACGCUCUGAAGUCAGUGCCCAGGGAACCACUGGAGGACAUCAUCGCGCAGGUGUGGAAGGAGAACCCGAGUUUACCCGAGGCCCAGGUUCAGUCCAUGGCUCUUGGGAGGCAGGCCGGCUACGAGCUGGAAAUCAAACACAGGGAGGCUAUUUACCGUGAUGUCCUCGGCAAGCAACAAACUCUGAUGAUGUACGUGCAGAAGGUGAUCUCCAACCGUAAGGUGCAGGAGCAGCAGCUGGCAAUGGCGAGGCAGGGUCUUCUGCUCAACCAGCUGGCCAUGCAGAAUGGUCUUACUGGCCCCAUAAAUCAGAUGGAUCUGCUGGGCUUGUACCAGCAGCUCGGGGCGCUCCAGGGCCUCCCCUCCUCACAGCUGGGCAAGAACCCGGGCCCGUCUAAGGGCCUGUAGAUGCCUCCGCCCCUCGGUGUACACACAGCUGGACUGAUUCAGCCAGGACACCUACUUCAGCUCCUCGGUAACGAGAGGGCAUCCUGGGACUUUUUGGCAGUGCAGUUUGUCAUUUUGUGUAUAUAGCCUUAAUGUUAUUCAAGUUUUUUUUAUGUUUUUUUUUCCUCUCUCACGUAUUUAAGAAUGAAGAA